AUGUGCCAGUUAAAACUCCAAAAUCUCACACAUGUUGUCUCAGAAUUCCAUCUAUUGGGCUUCUCCGAGGAUCCAGAGAUGCAGCCCCUCCUCCUGGGACUGUUCCUCUCCAUGUACCUGGUUACAGUGCUCGGGAACCUACUCAUCAUCCUGGCUGUCACCUCAGACUCUCACCUGCACACCCCCAUGUACUUCUUCCUCUGCAACCUGUCCUUGGCUGACGUGGGGUUCACUUCCACCACAGUUCCCAAGAUGAUUGUGGGCAUCAUCACCCACAGCACAGUCAUCUCCUAUGCUGGCUGCCUGACUCAGAUGUCGUUCUUCAUCAUUUUUGGCAUCAUGGAUGACUUCCUUCUGACAGUGAUGGCCUAUGAUCGGUAUGUUGCCAUCUGUCACCCCCUGCAUUAUCAGGUCAUCAUGAACCCCCGCUGCUGUGGCCUCCUCAUUUUGGUGUGCUUUGUGGUGAGCCUUUCGAAUUUCCUGCUGCACAAUGUGAUAGUAUUACCGGUUGCAUGCUUCAAGGGAGUGGAAGUUUCCAAUUUCUUCUGUGACCCUUCACAACUUCUAAACAUUAUUUGUUCUGACAUAGUCACCCAUGACAUGGUCAUGUACAGUGUCUGUAUCCUAUAUGGCCUCAUCCCUAUGUCAGGAAUCCUCUUCUCAUACUAUAAAAUAUUUUCCUCCAUUCUGAGGGCCUCAUCUCCAGGUGGCAGGUACAAAGCCUUCUCUACCUGUGGCUCUCACCUGACAGUGGUUUGCUUAUUUUAUGGAACAGCCCUUGGUGUGUAUCUCAGUUCAUCCUUCUCACUUUCUCCCAGGAGGUGUGCAGUGGCCUCAGUGGUGUACACUGUGGUCACCCCCAUGCUUAAUCCCUUUAUCUACAGCCUGAGGAACAGGGACAUGAAGAAGGCCAUGAGGAGGCUCCUCACCAAGGAAGUCUAA